AAAGAAGGGUUUAAAAUGACAGAGAAGAGAAGAGAGUCACAGACAUGUGAGUGAGUUGUUUGUGAGAGAAAGAGAGAUCCAACAUUGUAAGUCAACUGAGUCUCUUACAGCAUCUCUGACACAACACAACCUUCAAACACAAAACACAAACACAACACAACACCCACAAAACAAAAAUUGCAUCUUUGAAAUGACCCUUUUGCCCUUCGCUACCUCCCUACUUCUGCUCUGACUCUCAUCAACGCUACCGCCCACAAUGGACGCCUCCACCGCCACCACCUCCGCCGAGCCCAGCCCAAGUUCGGAGCUCUGCCUCAACGGGGCAUCCGAGGAUCCGAAUCGAGGUGGCUCGGGUCAGAAUUCCACGGCGAGGUACAAGCUGAUUGCGCCGGCGAAGCUUCCGAUCUCGAGGUCGCCCUGCAUCACGAUUCCUCCGGGACUGAGUCCUACGUCGUUUCUGGAAUCACCGGUUCUUCUCUCCAACAUGAAGGUGGAGUCUUCACCAACUACAGGGUCUCUCCGGAAGCUUCAACAAACAGUACAUGGUUCUAAGGCUUCUGCUACAUUUGCAUUAACCACUGCAUGCUUCAAUACCAAUACUGUUGAUGACAGGAAAUCAAGCUUCUUUGAGUUUAAACCACUCAACAGGUUGAAUAUGGUUCCUGUAGACUUCAAUAACCAUGUUAUCAAACAAUCAACUCAAGUAGAAGGUCUAGGAAAAGCACAAUCAUUUGUUUCCUCACCAUUAGGUGAAAGUGAGAUAGCAGUUCCUGCUAACGAAUUAAGUCUAUCAUCACCUGUACAAAUGGUUAGUUCUAGUCCUAGUGCUCCUGUUGAUGUUGAUUUGGAUGACGUUAACCACAAAAGCAACACAGCUACUGGGCUUCAAGCAUCACAUGUUGAGGUUAGAGGCAAUGGACUUUCAGUUGCAGCUGAGAAAACAUCUGAUGAUGGAUACAAUUGGCGAAAGUACGGGCAAAAACUUGUUAAAGGAAGUGAAUUUCCACGCAGUUAUUACAAAUGUACACAUCCAAACUGUGAAGUGAAAAAACUUUUUGAACGCUCUCAUGAUGGUCAAAUCACUGAGAUAAUUUACAAGGGAACACAUGAUCACCCCAAACCUCAACCAAGCUGCCGAUACUCUACUGGUACUGUUAUGUCUAUUCAAGUAGAGAGAUCCGAUAAGGAUUCUUCUUUGGCUGGCCUAGAUGACAAAGCAUCCUCCAUGUAUGGUCAGUUGUCUCAUGCUGCUGAGCCCAACAGUGCUUCUGAGCCAUCACCUGUAGCAACAAACGAUGAUGGUUUAGAGGGUGUCGGGUUUGCGUCAAACAGGAUUAGUGAUGACGCUGAUGAUGAUGAUCCCUUCUCAAAGCGGAGAAAAAUGGAACUUGGAAAUGUUGACAUCACUCCUGUAGUUAAGCCUAUCCGGGAGCCACGGGUUGUUGUACAAACUUUGAGUGAGGUUGAUAUAUUGGAUGAUGGGUAUCGCUGGCGUAAGUAUGGCCAAAAGGUGGUGAGAGGCAAUCCUAACCCAAGGAGUUAUUACAAAUGCACAAAUGCGGGUUGCCCUGUCAGAAAACAUGUGGAGAGGGCAUCUCAUGAUCCAAAAGCAGUGAUAACCACAUAUGAGGGUAAACACAACCAUGAUGUACCAGCUGCAAAGAAUAGCAGCCAUGACAUGGCAGUAGCAGCAGCUGGACAGACAAGAAUUAAGUUAGAAGAAAGUGAUACCAUUAGCCUUGACCUUGGGAUGGGAAUUAGCUCAGCUGCUGAACAUAGAUCAAAUGCACAAGGGAAAAUAAUGCACUCUGAAUUUGGGAACACUCAAACUCACACAAGUAAUUCCAAUUUCAAGUUUGUUCAUACUACCUCAGCUCCAGUAUACUUUGGUGUUCUAAAUAACAGCUCUAAUCCCUAUGGUUCUAGAGACAAUAGGACUGAUGGUCCGGCUUUAAACCAUGCCUCGUAUCCUUGCCCACAGAGCAUGGGAAGAAUACUAAUGGGUCCAUGAAGUUGAUCACACAUCAGACAUGAAAAUAAAAGUUCUGAGUAACAUUUUACUUUCUUUUUUAAUUUUUGGCGGGUAUAGCUUCAAAGGUGUAACAUCUCAUUUUCUGUAAGAAAAUGCAGAUAGUUCUUUUAUGUUUAUAUCACUAUUUGAGAGCUGCCGUUAUGUAGAAUUGGUAGCAGCUCCAUCAUGUUGACUUUUAAAUCUUUGUAAUUGUAUAAUUAUUUAUAAUCAUAUCCAAAUUCUUCUGUAUAAA